AUGCCCGUCACCGCAAUCGACUUUCCCAUCUUGUCGCGCUUCGCCUGUGCUGUUGAGAAGAUGGCGGGAGUAUCGCCGGAUGGCCAGACCUUGGUCGACCCCAUACAGGCACAACGCGCACAAGAGCGCGGCGAGCAGGCCAAGCCAUUACCGAAAGGUGUUGUGCUUGGGCCCGAUGGCCAGCCAUGUCGCACAUGUACCUCGUCCGCCUCAUGGAAGACGAUGAUGGGCCAAGCCGCAAAGACCAAACCCACCCCGCCAGCACAACCCUCAGCAUGCCCACCCGACGUCGAAGAGCUCGGACGAUCGACAUGGACACUUUUACAUACCAUGACGGCGAACUACCCAGAACGACCCUCCUUCACGCAGCAAGCCGAGACGAAACAGUUCAUCAGUCUGUUUGGCAACAUGUACCCGUGCUGGGUAUGCGCGGAUGACUUUCGAGCAUGGAUGAAAGAUGGCAAUGACCCGAAAGUCAGUAAUAGAGAUGACUUUGGACGAUGGAUGUGUGGGGCGCAUAAUGCGGUUAAUGUCAAGUUGGGCAAGAAGGAGUUUGAUUGCAAUCAAUGGGAGGAGCGAUGGCGGACUGGUUGGAAAGAUGGCAGGUGCGAUUGA